AUGCCUAGGCCUGUUACGGUUAUCGACAGCAAUGUGACAAACGCGGUGCACCAGGUGAUGGAUGCAAUGCAAGCGCCGGUCUACUUCGAGACAUACAUCAUAAAGGGGAAAAAUAUGAAUCAUUUGACGUGGGAAGUGGUGGACUCGAUACGGAAGAACAAAGUGUGCUUGAAUGGCAGAGUCAAUAACUCCUUGUGUGGUGGUGCAAGGAAAGAGCUUGAUCUCUUUGCAUCUCUUGUCGACUGCUUUAAUCUUAAUGGUCAACCGAGUCGCCAUGAGAAUGUUGACAUCGUGGUGAUCAGAGAGAACACGGAAGGCGAAUAUGCAGGUCGGGAGCACGAAGUUGUUCCCGGUGUCAUAGAGAGUUUUCAGGUGACAAUGACAAAGUUCUGGUCAGAUCGUAUUGCUAAGUAUGCUUUUGAAUAUGCUCACUUCAGCAAAAGGAAGAAAGUUACAGCAGUUCACAACAAUGGAAAAUACGAAAAACUAGCUGAUGCGUUUUUCUUGGAGUCUUGUCAAGAAGUUGCUAAAAUGUAUCCAAACAUCACCUACAACGAAAUCGGUAUUAAUAACUGCUGUUUGCAGCUAGUAGAGAAACCAGAGCGAUUCGACGUCAUAGUAACUCCAAAUCUCUAUGGGCUAUAAUUGCAAACAUUGCUUCUGGUGUUGCUGGAGGAAGUUUUGGUGAUGACUAUGCAAUCUUUGAGCAAGUUGGAUCAGUAGGAAACCAUAAAAAUCCUGUGGCGUUACUGUUCUCUUCGGUUAUGAUGCUGAGACAUCUUCUGCUUCCUUUAUUUGCCGACCGGCUUAAAACCGCCGUGACACGUGUUAUCUCUGAAGGAAAGUGUGGGAACAGUAAUACAACUACACAAGAGGUUGUUGAUUCUGUAAUUGCAAACUUGGAUUGA